CUCCGUUGCCUGAAAGGCGGGCUAGGCCCAGGUCACGUGACGCGCGCUAACUCCGAGCGGAAGCCCGCAGGAGUCCGCGGAAAAAUGGCUGCUGCAGCGGGGUGGACGGCGACCGGGAGCGGGCUAUAAGGCCCGCGCCACCCCGUCCCCGCUGCCCCCUUACCAUGAGGCCAGUGAGUCGACGAGCCCUGGACUGGAUCUACAACUUGCUGUUACUGGCAAUCGUCCUGCUUUCCUGGGGAUUCAUCAUCUACGCAUCAACUGUAGUUGCACGAGAACAGCUGCAGAAGGAGUUUCCAGACAAAUUCUUCGGAAUAAAUGAACUUUCAUAAUCUCAACCAAUAGAUCUUUUACUUAAAUGGCACUUAUAUAGACUUAAAAGUAAAAAAAAAAAAAAAAAAUCACAAUACAAAAUUGUGCAUGGUCUUUUGUGAUACUUGUUAACAUGCUAAUUUUUCAAAUAGAUGGGACAGCCUUUUUUGUAUCAUCGUAGUACUCCACAGACUUCAUAUUCUCCUGUCAAAUCAGUGUGUAAAUAAAUAUAGCAUGUGACUAAAUCA